GCCCAGCCAGGGUGCUUUGCUGGCCCCAUCUGUGGUUUUGCAGAGGAACGCUCUAGAAAGCAUGGAGCUAAAUGCAACUGAGGACCUACCAAGAGUGAGGGCCUCCCCACCAAGUUCUUCUGGGCUGUGGAGGUGAGCUGAGGCCAGAAUAACAUCUGGAAAGUGAGCGAGCUAACUUUGCACCACGAAAAACCGAGCGCGAAGCACUCGUAUGGUUGUCUCUCAGAGGAUCACACUCUGGGCAGGCGGAAGUUGUUGGCAAACCAACGAGACUUCACUUUUCUCAAGAAAGCCCAGACGGUGAUUUUAAAGUGUCUGUCUGUAGCUCACAAUCUGGAGUGGGAAAACGGACCUCCGCUGCAGACACCUGUGUGGACGCAAACCUUGCCCCUGGAGCUGGAAUGUCGCUCAAGUUUCCUCGGCACUGGGAUUUCCAUCUGAAAAUGGACAUGUCCAAAAUAGUCCGCUCGCAGAGCAUGAUGGCAGUUGAUGCGAAAGGCUCUGGCACUUGGCUGCAGUGCCCCAACCCUCUGGAGCGCCCCUUGAAGACUGGCUGGCUGAAGAAGCAGCGAUCUAUCGUCAAGAACUGGCAGCAGAGGUUCUUCGUACUGAAGGGGCAACACCUGUAUUAUUAUAAGGAAGAGGAGGACCUGAAGCCCCAGGGUUCGUUGAGACUCCAGGGCUGCGUGAUCAAGGAAGUGGCUUCUGGCUGUGAUGAAGGUGGAAGGUUUAUCUUUGAGAUCAUCCCAGGGUUCUCAGGAGACCAAACUCGAACCGGACCGGACUCUUUUGUGCUGAUGGCCACUUCCCAGGCUGACAUGGAGGAGUGGGUCAAGCUGCUGCGGAGGGUGGUGGGCUCCCCCCUGGGAGUGGUCUUUGGACAACAGCUGGGGGACACCAUGGUGUAUGAACAGAGGUUUGGACAGCAUCUGGUUCCCAUAUUAGUGGAGAAGUGUGCAGAAUUCAUCAGGAAGAAUGGCCUGAAUGAAGAGGGCAUCUUCCGCCUUCCUGGCCAAGACAAUCUGGUGAAGAAACUGCGGGAUGCGUUUGAUGCUGGCGAGAGGCCCUCCUUUGACCAAGACACAGAUGUACACACUGUGGCUUCUUUGCUUAAACUUUACCUACGGGAACUACCCGAACCAGUCAUUCCAUGGCCCCAGUAUGAGGGUUUCCUCUUGUGUGGCCAGCUUCUGACAUCUGAUGAAGACAAGGGUCACCCACAGCUAGUGAAGCAGCUGGCACAUUUACCCCAGGACAACCAUAAUCUUCUCAGUUAUAUCUGCCGGUUCCUGCACGAAGUUCAGCAGAAUUCUGUCACCAACAAGAUGAAUGUGGAGAAUCUGGCAACAGUGUUUGGUGUGAACCUCAUCAGACCCAAGAUGGAAGAUCCAGUGACUAUUAUGAGAGGUACUCCCCAGAUCCAGAAAGUGAUGACGGCAAUGAUCAGUGACCACAAGACGCUCUUUCCAGUACCCGAAGAUGCAACGCCUUCUCCACCUCCCCCAGAAAGCGAUUCCAAGAAAGCUCCAGCGCUACGUAGCUCCGUCGGUUGGGAUGCAGAACAAAGGCCCCAAAAGUCCUGGCGGGAGAACAGGAGCCUGUUCCAAAUUAAAGAUGAUCUAGAAGCUUCUAGCUCCAAAAUAAGUGACAGCUUGGUUCCAUCAGCAGAAGAUAAAGGAGAACCUCAGCCUAGAGAUGCUCUGGGAAUACGGACAACACGAAAGAGGACUCAGACGCUUCCAAACAGGAAAUGUAUUGAGAACAUUUCUUCCAACAGGUGGAACCAAGACAUAGACAGAACGGACAUUUUCAGUAGCAGCUUUUGGUCGUCAUCAUCAUCAUCAUCAUCAUCAUCCAUGGUCCAGCCCAGUCCUAGUUCUCCCUCAGGAGGUCACAAAAGAACAUUGUCUCAGGGAAUUUCUAAACUGUUUGGUUUCACACAAGCCUCAGACGCUGGCAAUCCCUGCAGUUUGGGGCAGGGUGCUACGACUCAGCCUCACAACAGCUCUUCAAGCCAGCUUAGAGAUGAUUUUGGAAAGUGUUUGCAAAAGAAUGACCCUCCCAGGUCGAGGCAAAAUGGCACCGUCGUUCUGGAGCCCCCUGCUGAGGAAGACACCUUGUACCCAGAGGACCCGGCAUUGCUUAGGAAGAUGAUUGUGGAGCUGAAAAAGGAGAUGAUGACACAAAAAAAUAGCUAUGAGGAGCAAAUCAGAAGCCUUGAGAAGGAAAACUUUGAAGUCUGGACCAGAGUGGUACGGCUUAAUAAGGAGGUUGAACAAGAACAGACUAAAUCUGCAGAGCUGGAAUUGGAGCUCCAGAAGCUUAAGCAUUCCAGGGGGUUCAGUGAGGAGACCCAACACCUUGAAGACUUGUUGAAAUCCAGAAGCCAGUUGCCCGCAAGAACUGAGCAGAGGACAGGGUGUGCAAGCCAGCUGUGACUCCUUUCUGUCAAAGGAGUGUUGCACUUGCUCUUGUGUAAGCUAGUAGAUUCUGGUGGGUUCACCAAGACUGAGACCCAUUCUCUUAAGUUGCUUCAUUCUGGUGGCUCUAUGUUUAAAUGCUUUUUCAUCUAGGGACAUUUCUUCCAAUUCUGAAUGAUUAAAACAAAAACAAAGGUGUCUAAAGUAACUAAACCUGCUAUCUAGCUUUAUGUUUUUCCCUCCUGGUCUUUGCAUUCUGUGUGAUGUC